AUUAAAUACAAAUCUAUUUUAAGUAAUCGUUUAAAUAAAAAAUACUAUAUUUUAAGUGAAAUUAUAUUUUUAUUAAACAAAUAAACGCUAAACUGAUUGUCAUAUUAAGUGUUGCAUCGGAAGUGAUCUUAAGUCGAAAACAUAGUAACGAAUCGAUUAGUGAAACAAAUUGUGUGCAAAAGAUAGCGAAACCAAUUGAGACACGAAUUGGAGAUAAUUGGAGAUAUUUUUCUCAUUUGUGACCACAUAUUGACAUAUUUUUAUUGAUAUUUUCUUAUAAUAAAGACACAAAUCUUAGAAAUUAGUGAAUUUAAAGUCAAUAUAACGCGUGAAAUGAACGUCACUGAAGACACGGAUCGAUCGGAUCUGACGGCGAAUGGCGACGAAGAGAGCCAUCCGUCGGAAGACACGAAUCCAUUGGAUCUGAACGCGAAGGAAGAGGUGAGCGCUAAGGAGGGAUCGAACCGAUCGGAAGCCAGUCUUAAGGAGGAGUCGAAUGAGAGCAUCGACGGCAAGGACUACACGCAGGUGUCGGACGACUCGGCGGAUGUGAAUCCCAUGAGAGCUCACUUGGAGGACAACACCACUUGUAUGGGUUAUGACCGGGAGUUCAUGUAUAAACUCAUCAUCAGUCAACUCCUAUACGACGGACACCGCAAUCUGGCCAUCGGUUUGUCAAACGGCGAGAAGUUGAAGCAUUUGGUUCAGCCGUCGCAGCGGUUAUAUCAGCUGAUAGUGAAUGCUCUGAAACUCGAAGGA